CAUUCUUCUGUGUGUGCGGAAUGUCGUUCGAAAAGCCGUGCGAAAAACCACUCACGCGGGCAAGGAUAUUGGGAGGCAGCGUAGUGUCACAUAUGCCAGAAAGGAUACUUCUGCUCUGUUGAAUGUUCUGAAUGAAUCGAUGCUAAUGAUGGUAAUAGUGCUGAUAGAUGACAGAGCAAUCAGUAGGUGUAUCAUGCACAAUUGCUAAGAGUUUGAGUAAAAGAAGCAGAGAGAUUGAAAACAAUGAAAGGAUACCUCCAGAAGAACCUGAGCCUUAACUUAACUACGGCCAAAGUGUUUGCAUUCCUCAACAAACCUUAUCCUUCGACUGUUUUCCCCUGCGCUCUCCCUAGCUACACAAGGCUCACCAAAACAGCCUAACAAAAGUCAGCGCCGAAGUUCAAGAAAGUUCAUACAGAAUGUCGAUAUUGGAGCAUUUUCAGCACUCCGCCCGCAAGGCGAGAGUUCCAGGCGUGGGUGGCCGUAAGUGGGAAUAGUGUUUGCGGAAAAGUCACGCCAAAUUCCGUUCGUACGGGCGCCCGUGUGGGUUGGGGUUUGGGUUGGCGUGAACGUGAAAAUCGAUUCCCUCGCGUGUGGCGCAAAGCGACGGUGCUGGUGGAAGAAAUGCCAGGAUUUACUGGUGGAAAAUGAUGAUUGAGCGAAGGAGAGCAGCUACCACGGGGUUCUGUGUGUGCGAGAGAGUGAGUGAGCGUGAGUGAGUGUUGGAAGGCUUUUUUUGACAGUGAGCUGGAAAAAAGUCCACCCUCUUUCGGUGCUGGUGAGAGGAAAAUGGUGCUUGUUGAGUGUGCGGUGAAUGGAACGAACGGGCCACGCUGGCUCACGCGUGCGGAGGGGCGAUCGCAUCCUCAGAGUGCAGUGAGUAAGAAAUGUGAAGCAUCUUGGCAAGGAGGUGAAUAAAAUUGAGGCACGCAGCAAGUGUAAGUGGUAAAUACCGUUGCGGACGGCGUGGUUGGAUCGGCCGUCUUCGUACAGCACAAGCCACUGGCUUGUGCCUGAAGUUACAUCAGCGGCACUAACAAGAUUACGAGCCAGGAAGAGGAUGAUAGUGUAGAAAAGGCUUUCCCUGGAUCAGUGUUACCUUUCCUUGGCACGUGUCGCCGACAAGCGUCCCGUUUCGUGCGGCAAGAACCACAACCCGGGACACGAUCAUCACCGUCAUUUCGGAAUCAUCCUGCAUAAAGCUACUGAGCAAUUCGCGCGGCAAACAAUAAGCAGCACGCUGCUUCGAUCGCGUAAUGGCCUACCGGGGUCCCGUAGUUGGGUAUCGUUAGCAGAGGACGAAACCGAGUACAAUCCUUAAAGGGAACCAACAACAAAAACACGCACACACACUUCAAACGAACGGAGAAGCAAGUGAUUUUGGAGCAAAAGAACAAGUCCUAAAACAUACCGGUGAAAUUAAUCCCGCGUCCUGCCCGUCCCCCUUUCUUCGGCUCGGUUUCGGGGGCGAAAGCAACGUUGCGUCUCUCAACAUGGUAGAAUCGGGCACCAUCAGUCGAACGAGCCCAGGCUCGGCAUCGAUCGUGGCUACGGGCGGCGUCCGGAGCGGCAUCCUGGAGACGAGAGUGCGUGGCGCGUGGUACCGCGUAUCGGUCAGCCUGGAGACGGAAUACAUUUCCGUCAGCCUGGACGAAGCCUGCGAACCGAUCGAUCACUCAACCACACUGAACGGCACAUUAGGGAGCAACCACAGUGGUAACAAUGGCUCGAACAAUUCCUCCCAACCGUCGUCGGCGGGCGCUUCCGGGCCAUCGAUCCACUCGUCGGAAAACCUGAGCACGGGCCUUAACGCAUCCACGCCGCUGACAGCGAACGGCAGUGUCAGUCUACCAAACGGGGUCGGCCCAGGGUCCGGGAUACCGGGCGCGGGCGGUGGCUUAAAUGGCGAUAAUUUCCUCAACAACAACAGUGGUGGCGGUGGCACAGGAAGCAACGGGACCGGUACCGGCACCAGCAACGCGAGCAGCACGAACGGUACUAACGGCAACACCCACAGCAACGGACCGGGCGCCAACAACAACCACAGCAGCAACAACAACAGCAUCGACAACGGCAUCGCCGAGAUCUGUGACGUGCCCGACUCGGUGGCGAACCAGAAGCGACAUGUGCGAGUCAUCAAGUCGGACAACAAUGGACUCGGCAUCUCGAUCAAGGGCGGUCGGGAAAACCGGAUGCCGAUACUGAUCUCGAAAAUCUUCCGCGGUAUGGCGGCGGACAACGCGAAAGGACUGUACGUCGGUGACGCCAUCCUGUCCGUCAACGGUGAAGAUCUGCGGGACGCCACGCACGAGGAGGCGGUCCGCGCGCUCAAACGGGCCGGCCGUGUUGUCGAUCUUGAAGUAAAAUUUCUGCGUGAAGUCACACCCUACUUCCGGAAGGCAAGCAUCAUCUCCGAGGUGGGCUGGGAACUGCAGCGAGCCUUCCUGUGUCCUCUCGGCCCGAACGCUUCCUCGCCGCCCGGUGUUGCCCCGCGCAGUCCUCCACGGGCCGAUACGCGCUACAUCCCGCUCCAGCUAACACAUCUGGCUCGCAAUCUCAAAUACCACGAUCCCGAAAAUCGCUGCAUAGAGCUCCACUCACCGGAUGGCAUCCAUUCGUGCAUCUUGCGAGCGAUGGAUCCCCAGGAAGCGACCACAUGGUUUAACGCGCUGCACUCCGCCAUCGGCAAGAGCACUCAGAAGGCGCUGCUGGAUGCGAACCGGGCACUGGUAUCGAUCAUCGGCGAGCUAAAGCACAUCGGUUGGUUGAGUCGGCGGAGUGGUGGUGAGCAGAAUGGACGCUCCAGCUCGGAAAGCUCCGACGAACUGGACAAAUGGCAAUCGAUUUUCGUUGCAGUAACCGAUCGAGAGCUGCGUCUGUACGAAAGCGCACCCUGGUCGGUGGAAGCGUGGAGCAGACCGUUUGAAAGCUGUCCCCUGGUGGCCACUCGGUUAGCCGGCGCAGGCAACACAUCAACCGUCGGUUCCAACUCGAGCACACACUCGAGCGUAUUCUGCAUCCGGUGCGGUACGACACGGGGCGUCGUUAGCCAUUGGUUACGGUCGGAGACGAACCGGGACAUGGCGGCGUGGGCCCGCGUUUUGGUGCAAGGCUGCCAUAAUGCCAUCAUCUGUCAGCGAGAGUUUUCCUUCCGUUGCCUAUUUCAGGGACGUCCUUGUCAAUUAAUCGUACAUCUGGACCGUGGAUUUACGCUGCUAGACAGUGGUCUCGGACCCGCUUCGAAAGCCCUCUGGACGUUCCCGUUCGACAAGCUGAAAGGUUCGGCCGACGACGGUAACAAGCUGCUGUACCUCGACUUCUCCGGCACCGAGGACGGUGCGGAACUGGAACUGGACAUGGAGUGCUGUCCCAAGCCGGUCGUAUUCGUGCUCCACAACUGUCUGUCGGCGAAGGUACACUCGCUGGCAUAAGCCCGUUCCCAUCCAAGGAAGUGUGACACCGGUUUAGCUGCUUACCAUUUUUACUGAGCUUCCUCGCACGAGUGCAGCAGGUACGACCGGUAGAGUAUUUCUGCGGCUGUCAUCAUCAUCAUCGGUAGUGUGUGUGUGUGUGUGAGAACACAAAGCAGAAGCUCGUCCUUUUUGAUGUAAUCUGUAAAUAUGGUCACCCGAUUCAGUCAGUCGCUCGCGCCCGAGCUCGCGUAAGGAGUUUUUCUCUGUAUAUGUCUAUGUAUGUUUGUGUGCGUGUGUAUGUAGGUGCGUGCACGAGGACAACUUACGACUUGAGUCCUUACGAGUCCUCCGGCAGCAGGCAGCGCGGUUGCUCUGCAUCCUCUUGUAAGCAGGAUAGGCCAUCCGAAUCUUUUUCGUAAGCCGUAGUAUAGUAGCAUACCGAACAGAUGGUUCGUUUGUUGUUUGUUUUGCAUUCAGCGUAAUGUUGAGUUUUGUUCUGUUUGUGCUAGUUUGUAUUAUAAAUAAUGUUUCAACCGGGAUAAGUGCAUCAGUGAGUUUCGCGUGUUAGAAGCGAUAAGGAUUAACGGUAGCUAAAUCUUGCGGGGCGUGGCAUAAGCAGAACGUACUUAGGAGAAAAGUGUUUCGUACCAGAAAUCAUCAUAAUCAUCAAACUUUGUAGUGAGAGCUUGAAGCGAUGAGAUAUAGCCAGGUUCAUUCAAGCAUGGAGCAUCAUCCAUAACGAUUACUGCAAUUCUUUCUUAUCAACAUCUUCCUACCAGUAACCAAAACUCCGUAUUAUUAGUCAUCCCUGCUAACCAGUAUUUGACGUCAUAGGAGAAUUUGUCAUCGCCAUUUUAAGCAUAAGCAGGUUUCAGUUUUUUUUCCCCAGCACGACACCUUCCCACGGAAGAGCUUAUUUUUUCACGCCCACCAGCAUUCCGUUGACAUAAUGAAUCUGUUUGUACAAUUUUAAGACUUUGAUCGACGAUGUCAAUCUGCGGAUGAAAUUAACGUCACGCGAGCUCAAAGUCCCUUUCUGUGCCAACUUUUUCCACGUAGGCGCGCCUGUGCUCGCGUGUGUGUGGGUGUGAGUCGUUAUACCUGUCAGAAUGCGCUCGAGAAAAUGGCACAGCUUGGUACGUUUCGUUCUACCGGCGACUGGCUGCGGUGACUUUUGUGCAACGAACGGCGGAAGCAUCCAACUUUCGAUCGCCUGUAGCAUCGUGUCUUCUUCACCAGACAACAUCGCUCUUUUCGGAUGAGAUUAUCGAUUUUAAGCAAAGGAAAACAAGCAGCAACAGAAACAGCGCCAUUGAUUGAUGUAUCGAAAUUAGAAAACUUUCGCAAACAGCUCUUCACGCUCGAGGUGUGUUGUUAGGGCUAAGCGGUUUUGGGGAUUUUUUGUCCAUCUCCUUACCCACCAAGCUGCCACCAGCGAGUUCUUCAGAGGAAGCGGGAAAAUGGAAAACUAAUUUCCAAAAGCACCACGAGCAUAAAUGAAACAUUUCCCGGAAACAGUAUGAUUUUCGUUGGUGGGAUGCGUUUUUUUUUUUGUUGGGGUUCUUUGUCCUUCCGUCUGAGUUCUUCCAGCGUGCGGCCGAUAAUAACAUCUCUUUACGAAAACCGUACUCCCUUUUUUCCAUAAUCUUGUUGAACAAAAAAAAUCACAGAAUGUUACCUUUUGCAUUCUUGAGGAUGUUUCAUGUCAUUUUUACCAUUUACUUAGCAAGCUCUCGUACCGCUAGGUCCUUGAAGAAUAUUUAAUUUAACGCAACGCAGCAAAUGGUUUGUAGGGAAAACUUUUUCUUGGUCAGGAUUUUGCCCUCAUUUUACAUUCCACUCUACAAACUCUACUCGAAUAGUACAAGUUCAAAGCAAGUCACAGUUCUGCCCUGGAUUCGCCCAAAGAAAAACCAUCUACCGAUUUCACGCUCAUUACACAGAAUAUAUUGAAAAACUGUUAAGUUGGAUCCACAAAAAAAAAUUUAUUAAAAUUACUCAAAGUUUCCAUAACAGCAACCAUCGUUAUCUUCCGUCUUCCUAACCCGAAUCCCCAAAACAUAUAUUUCCUUUCUAUGUCAGAAAAAGGAAAGGAAACCGUGCUAAAUGAAUUCAAAGCAAUUUGCAACAAGGGUAUGACAAUGAAAGUUCCACAAAACUACCAUCAAGCAAUUGAUAAGAGCUUCCCAAAAAUGCGUGGGGUUAACACGAACGCGAAGCAAUGCUAAGCAGAGACUGCAUGAAUUAUAACUGAAGGAAAAUCGAAGUGUUUCGAGCAACAUAUCUCGCGGGAAGGUAAACGAUUAAACUAUUACGAACCCUUGCAAGAAAAACAAGAAAGAUGGGCGAGUAUCAAGCCGAGAAAUUGAAGAUACAAACGAAAGGAUCGGACGAAACGGCAUGAUGCAUUGUUGAGUUUCUGUUUGUAGAAUAAUCGCUGCUGCUGCUCACUAGCGAUGGUUCACUACUUGACCAUUUUGGUUUCUUGUUAAGCCUAAGCCUUCUUCCCACGCUACGAAUUGUCUGCCUACUCCUUUCUGUAAGGGAUAUGAGAGCAUCCAUCCAUCAUUGUAACGUGCGUCGGGAACAUGUGUUACACCGGCAUGGAGCCAUCACACACAAGCAUAAUCCGACUACCUUGUCGUCCCAGAACCGUUUGUACGAACGGGCGAGAAAAACCCGUUUCCUCCUUAUUCGGUUUCUCGCACGCACGAACCAUGAUGGAUGGAAAUCGGGGCGAUCUUUGUAAAACGUUCGUAGAAUCAUAUCAAAUUACACAUUCAUAUAGCAUAAUUUCUUGACUCGCAAGCGAUCGAAGAUGAUAUUAAAAGGAUCACCGUUUUGCAUCUAGGAUAAACCAAGAUUGAUCUUUCCUAAUCGAAUCAUCCUCUAUCUGUAAAUAAACUCUCUUUCUUACUCCUUACUUCUUCGCAAAAGCCACACACAAACGCUCGUCGUGAGUAUCCCCGUUUGCCAAGCGAAUGGGAAGUGCAUCUGAGAGGACCGGUACCUUUACAACUAAUGAAUAAUAAGUACACAUACAAAGGGCAAAACAGGCCGCAGUUCCACUCAGUUGGGAGGAACUCGGCUGGUUCGUUGUGAUGAACUUCUAGAAUUCACCCACUGGGAUUCUGUGUGUGUGAGUGUUUUUGUCUGGCUGUAUGUGUGUGUGUGCGUAUGUAAGUGUACAUGAACUUUGUAGUGAUAUGUAGAGCAGAAAAGGAAACUGUACAACUCCUGACAGCAGUUGAUAAUAGUGCAAAAACCUCGGAGUUUUCCAUCCCGUGCCGGACACAGUUCACACUAUGUUGGCUGGGAGGAAAACGUCAGCCAAGUGAGAGGAGUAGGUCAAACCAAGGCUGAGGAAUCUAUAACCUAAAGAUCAAAACACGUUGUACAACACACCAUUUUACUGGUCAGCUGCGAUGGAGAAGCAAGAAACCAAAGUUGUACUUUAAGCAUGAAUCCGAGCAAAGAGUUGUUCGAGCUCAUCAGUCUGUCGGCCACACAACACAAAAAAGAAACAGGCAAUGAAACAUUUUCCGUUUUUCCUUCGCAAACUGUAUGUUCCAUGUUGGUGUAAACUCAGUGAAAGUGUAACAUUUAGAGCAAAUGGAUGAGAGCCGAAGAGAAAAAUUGGAAAAUUCCAAUGUACAUCAAUAAUGGUCCUGUGUACUACGAGCGUACUAGGAAAAUAACUACAGACAAGAAAACACAUCUCAAUGUUUCAACCCACUGGGUUCCAAUGCAAGCCAAACUGAAAACAAGCGAAAGUUUGAUGAAAUAUUUGGAGUUUUCCUUCAUUCUCAUUCGAGAAAAUGUGUGUGGCGAAAAAUGUUGUACGGACGGGAAAUGUUGGGUACUUGCAAAAGGAAGGAAAAAAUUACUUGAUUUUGGAAAAAAAAUCAACUCUUAAAGUGAAACUUGACACAAAAGAUCCAACUCAUUUGUAAUCAAAUUUGAAGCAAUUAGAACAAAAUGUAUGAAGUAGCAACUGGAACAGACAAAAGAUGGAAUGAACAGGAAACAAAUUCCAAAUUGUAACGUGAAUCACUUUUUUCUCUUUGAAAUUAAAAACGAAAAACAAACACACAAGCAGCUCACUAACACCAUACUAAGCAUAACUACUAAUAGUGUUUGGAGGGGGAAGACUGUGGAGUCUUGACGAAUUUUGCGUACGUGUGCGGUGAGAAAAGCAGCAGAAAGCCGCACGGUAAAGUAUUGUAACCGAGUGUGCGAGAUAGGAAAAGCAGGAGAGGAAACAACAACAGCUACUAAUCUUAACAAAAGUCAAAAGGACCGGCCUGAGAGUCCACCACGAAAAAUCAAAAAAUAAAACAAAUUGUAUCAUAA